ACAUGGAAAGGUGAUACAAAUAUUAGUGUGUGGUAAUAUGGAGCAGAUGCGACUAGCAACAGGGUGGGAAGUACACGUCGAGCUGCAGUGGUUUACACAAGCGCUCCGGGUAGACUCACAGGAGUGUACCAAGCUUCUCAGUUGUUUUGUCGACCAUCAACAGCAAAAUGGAAGAUUGGCUUUCUACCAUACCCCGCUUUACCAGAACUUGGUUUGUUGGUACCAUUGCUUUAUCAUUGCUGGGUCGAUUUCAGCUAAUCAAUGUUUAUUGGUUAGUGUUGGAUGCUGACCGUCUCUUUAAUGGUUUUCAGCUAUGGCGGCCAGUGACAGCAUUGUUGUACUACCCUACUAGUAUGCAUUUUCUCUUUAACCUCUACUUCCUGUACAACUACUCACUGAGGUUAGAAACGGGCAUGUUUGCUCAAAGACCAGCUGACUACCUCUUUAUGCUGUUGUUCAGCUGGACCUGUUCUGUGAUUGUGGCACUGCUAGCAGGGUUUCCCCUCCUGAUGGAUGUCAUGGUGCUGGUUGUCAUCUAUGUGUGGUGUCAGCUUAAUAAAGAUACUAUUGUCACCUUUUGGUUCGGGUUGCAGUUCAAAGCCAUGUACCUGCCCUGGGUCAUCUUGAUAUUCAACGUGGUCAUUGUGCAUAGCGGUUUGAUGGAGCUGGUAGGAAUUCUCAUUGGACAUCUGUACUUCUUCCUUAUGUUCAAGUAUCCAGAAGACUUUGGUGGAAGGAAACUAUUGCAAACCCCUCAAUUCUUGUAUUACUACUUUCCAACUGUGGGUGGUGCUGCAAGAUUUGGCAAUGCCCCUGUAGCUCCCCGAGAUGGUGGCGGUGUGGGGACUCGAGGAGCCUUCCGUGGACAAGGACACACACUUGGUUGAUAACUAUGUUUUCUUUUAAUAUAUAACAAAUUUGUUAAAGUUAUAUUUUGAUCAACUUGGUACAACAUUAAAGAAAAUGUAGUACAACACUUUUGGUUUAAUUACAUUUGUGAAAAGUGAAGCCUUGAAGCCAGUUAGGAUUAACAGAUUACUUAUAAUUUUAUGUUAUGCAAGCACGGUACAUAAUACAUCUACAUCAGGAAUGACUUGUUCCUGAAGCGUGUGUUUACCUGUUUAGAUUUGACAGUUUCCUGAGUGGAAGGAGUAUGCAGUUUACAUGCUACACUAUAAAGUAUUUUAUAUGAAAUUGCUCUAUGUGCAAUUUGAUGAACUGCUGUAUUAAAUGCAACAAAAUAUACUUUAAUAAAAAAUGACAAGUUUAGCCAUUUCUAAUAAAAACUUAA